GAGCUUGAGAGUACACGCGCUCGAUUCUUGAGUCCUUGCGACUGUUCGGGCUACUGGCCGACUUUAAAAAGAGCUGAGGCUUUUCUAGGCGGUGAGUAGAACUGUUGCACGAAAAUUGACGUUGCCGCCAAGUGACAAAACUACGGCGGCGCUAACGCUAUCGUAAUUUUAUCGGCAUCGUCGCGCGUCCUCGCAGUUCUCAAGUUAUAAGCUUUGGCCCAUACUGUAGCAUUCGAGAUGCACAUGCAUCGAAUGGUGAAAGAUAGGCAUCUAUCCCCAUAUUGCUAUAUGAAGCUGAUUCGCUCAUGGGAGGACAGAAACCCCAGAAGGAUCGAUGACUUUUUGGAAGCCCAUAUCCGAGUCGGUAUCAUUGCUCCAGAGUCAAUCAGAGUCUACCUCGAACGAUAGUAUUAGUAACAUUCAGUCAGACUCGAGAGAGCGCGCGACUACGAAAUGCGAAAAAUUAUAUGUUCUCCUGGUAGUCCCAAUGGGCCAAGACCAAUCCCUGUUAAACUUAAAGUAGAGGGUUCGCGCUUCCCGAAUCCACACGACUUUGUCUCUUGGAACCUUCAGUUCUUGGGUUAUUAUCUCCUUUACCACGCAACGCCGACCCUGCCUCAUCUGAUUCACCUAUGGGCUCCUGGUUCUCAAAGAGCCCCUACGUUUCGAACCCGUCAGACUUUGCCACAACAUCAACGAGCGCUGAUCCAGGCAAGUGGAAGCAGUAUGACUAUAUCGUAGUCGGGGGCGGAACUGCGGGAUGUGUGCUCGCGUCCCGACUCUCUGAAGAUCGCGACGUUACAGUAUUGCUCAUCGAGGCCGGUACAGGUCGAGGAAAUGUGUUCACCAAGGCUCCUCUUGCAUUCACAAAGAACUUCAAGACUAGUGUCGAUUGGGAAUACUACAACGCCUCUCCUCACGUUCGGAAUGGUGAAGAAACGUACCUUGCCAGGGGAAAGAUGUUGGGUGGAACAAGUGCUCUCAAUGCGUUGAUUUAUGAUCGAUGUUCCCCAGAAGAUUACGAUUCCUGGGCCAAAGCCGGAUGCAAUGGAUGGACGUUCAAGGAACUCGAACCCUAUUUCCGUAAAGCAGAAGGUUAUAGUCCCAAACAAAUUACGAACAUUGAUCUGAGCUCCAAGGGUACAACUGGGCCCUGGAAGAUUCGACAGACUCCAAGCCCUGCACCGAUCUCAGACGUUAUCAUGGAAACUUGCAAAGAGAUUGGGAUACCUUACGUCGAAGACUUGAAUUCACCUGACAGAGAGGUUGGGGUUGGCCAUCUGGCAGGAAUCGUCGAUGAGCAUGGAAACCGAGUUUCCACGGCAUCGGCAUAUCUCACUCCUGAAGUGCUUUCCAGGUCCAACUUAACUGUAGCCGUCAAUACGUACGUCGAGAAGAUCCUCUUCUCGGAGGAAAAGGGUUCACCACGUGCUGUUGGUGUACAAGUCGCAUCUUCUGCCUCUGGACCGAAGUAUCGAGUAGCUGCUACCAGAGAGGUCAUCCUCGCAGCCGGUGUUGUCUCUUCACCACACCUUCUGUUUGUCAGUGGUGUCGGUGCAAAGGAGGAGUUGAGUGCCGCUAGCGUGCCUGUGGUCAAGGACGUUCCUGCUGUUGGGAAACACUUGGCUGAUCACAUCUCGUCUGGUCCUCUGAUUUUCCGUGCAAAGCCUGGAGUUACGUUGGACAAACUAAACAGCUCACUUCUGGCUGGCGCUUCGGCCUUUCUCAAAUGGUUGUGGAAUGGCACAGGUCCAUUCGCUUCGAUGGGCGUCACUUCCGUCGCAUUCAUCCGUUCUGACGAUAUAAGGUUUAUUGAUACGAGCCUGGGUCCCGUGAAAGACCUGACUUCAGGGCCCAAAUCGCCGGAUCUCGAGCUCAUGUGGACUCCUGCUAUCAUUCCAAGCUUUUUUGAUAACGCUCGGCCUGGAGAGCAUGGAUUCACGAUUCCUUCGAUUUUGUUGAAGCCAGAGAGCAAAGGUAUCAUUCAUUUCAAAUCAGGAAGUAUCUACGACAAACCGACCCUGGCCGGAAACUACCUUGAUUCGGAGAGUGACCUCAAUGUUGUCGCUCGGGGUGUACGCUGCACCUUCAAGUUGGCGCACAGCGAACCUCUGAAAUCCUUGCUCGAGUUCAACCCUAACAACAGCGAUAAGAGUGACUACUUCUGGUUCGGCGACCAGGAUCCUAGCAAGGUCACAGAUGACGAUAUUCGUGAGUUCAUUAAACGAAACGGACAUACUGCCUUCCACCCUGUUGGUACAUGCCGCAUGGGAACCGAUCCUCAGGACUCCGUGCUUGAUCCCAACUUGAGGGUUCAUGGUGUUACUGGGCUUCGGGUUGUCGAUACCUCCGUCUUCCCGACGCAGGUCUCAGGUCACCCUCAAGGACCUGUCGUAGCGAUAGCAGAGAAGGCAGCUGAUAUGAUCAAGGCUGACAGGCAAAUUUAAGGUGCUGCUGGCGCUUUGAGAUUAUUUGCUCUGGUCUAGCUUGAUGGAGGAAUUGAUUGCUUUUCAUAGAGUUUGGUUCACCGAAUAUACUUCAGGAAUAGUUACAGCUAAACGCAGAACGAUAGGCCCCUCCUCAAAUCUUUCCGCACCUGUCGCUUCGUAGGCGAACACAGCCGGCUUGCUUCCGCAGUUGUGACCCAUUGUGACCGCCCUGUGACCCACUCCUCCCUCUCUAUCGAAAAAACAAUUGUGUAGUAAUGUAAGCAGUCGAUAUAGUCAAGUAUAAAUUUUUUUCACUAUGGAUGUGUCU